AUGUCGUCGCCGUUUUCUCGAAAACUUCAGUCAAAUUAUCUGAUCGGUUUUCUUCUUCUUUCAAUCGGCGGAUAUCUACCAAGCGCUUAUAAUUAUGUUCUUUUUCGUGGUUAUGGCAUUGACCAUUCAACCAUUGAACACUUUUUUAUCUACUGUUUUGUCGGAUCUCUAUUCGGUGGAACAUUUGUUGCUUCACUAGCUGACCAUUGUGGCCGUCGGAAUGCCUGUCUUUUAUGUAGUGUUAUAUAUGGAUUGUAUCAUGCGUCAUGUAAUUCUUCUAAUGAAUGGAUUCUAAUUAUUGGUCAUAUAUUUCGUGGUAUAGGUGAUGCACUUUAUUCGACUGCAUUCGAAGCGUGGUUGAUGCAAGAACAUGAACAAAGUGAUCUAGAUAUUUGUGUACUGGAACGUAUUUUGUACAAUUCAAAUGUUUAUUUGAACAUCGUAACAAUCGGAACAGGUUUUCUCGCUCAAUUGCUUUCGGAAUCUUAUGGUUACAUUGCGCCAUUCAAUGUUGGUAUUGGCUUUUUUGCUAUCUCCUUUGUAUUUAUUCUUAUCAAAUGGUCGGAAAAUUACGGCAGAAAAAAAGUUUUUGUUCAUACAACACACGUUCCAGCAAUGCGAAUACUUCGAACGAAUCCUCGAAUUGUUCUAUGUGGGUUAGCCAAUGCUCUGUUCCGUGCAUCAUUCUACAUUUGGUUAAUUGAAUGGACACCAGCGCUACACGCAGCGACGGAGAAAAUAUUCGCUGAACCAUUACCAUUAGGUUUUAUGUAUUCAUGUUAUUUAUUAAGUCGAUUGUUAGGUUCAUUUGCUUUUGGUUCACUUAUCAAACGGUUUCGUACUCAAACUUUUAUGAUUGUGAUUUUCCUACUUGCUGCUAUUGGAUUGAGUGUACCAGUCAUAACUCCGAAUGAUCAAUUGAUGAUUUUAUUAGGUUUUCUUUUGCUUCAGAUCUGUGAGGGUAUUUUUGUGCCUUCAAUAGCUUUAUUGAGAAGUGAAUAUAUUCCAAAUGAAUUACGAACUACAUUGAUGAAUUAUCUGCGUGUACCUCAACUUAUACUAAUGCUUGUUGUUUUGCUUGGACACUUUCCGUUAACUACUGUCUUUACGUCGUGUGUAUAUAUGUUAUUAUUGGCCAUGUUAAUUAUGAUGAUAUUACGAAAGCUUUGA